AUGCAAAGCAAUAACCCUUACUCCUACGAGAUGAGCUCGCGGCAAGACGAGUCCUCGGGGUCCGGCAGGGAGCGUCUGCAGGCAGACUCCCAAGCCGAAUCUCAGCGCGGUCGUCAGGCCCAACCGCAGAUAUCUGCCAAUGGACCCGGUCUUUCAACAUAUUGGGAACAGCCCUACGCCCAGUCCAAUAGCUCUGGAGGCCCGGACUCCCCGAUCGAUGCCUCAGCACUGCAAUUUGCCCUUCCACCUGAUAUCAAUCAGCCCCCUCCAUUCCCUCGACUGAACUCGCCGUCUCUCGACUCGCUCGACCGACCUUCGCCGUACUUUGAUGAGGCAACGAACCCGGACUACUAUGAGGAUAGGGUGCCUCUCACGUCCAGAGCCCAGCCCAUUUCCGGCUCUCUCAGCGCAAACAUGGCGGAUGCUCAGCCGAGAGAUAGUUUUCAGACAGUAUCUGACAUCGACAAUGCACCAUCGAGGACGCGGGAUGCGAGAUCGCUCGGGUAUGAUUUGGAACCUGGUGGUCGACGCCCAAGCUAUGGGGCGACGCUCAGCCCGGGAGGAGAGCAACGACGUUCUCGCUCGCCCUCUACUGCCGGCGCACUCUACAGAGCAGGCUCCAUCAUGAGAGCCAUGUCUCAGCGCGUUGUUAAUAUCAGUGGUGAAGGUGAACUCGUGGACCACAGGGCAUCUCGUAGUCGAUCUCCGUCACCGGCUCCAGACCGUCGCCAGCAACUUCACAACUCUGCUCAGAUGUUUACAGAUACCUCGUACCAUUCCAAUGUCUUUCAGGUACCCGAGAAGGGUCCCGAUGCGGAAAAUGUCUUCGCUGACCCCCCUCCGCCCUUGCUACCGCGAGUGCCGAUGCAGAAUCCUUUAAAAGGAAAGUCAUUGGGCAUCUUCCCUCCCAACCACCCGAUCCGGACGAAGCUCUGCGAUCUGCUGGUGCACCCGUUCACUGAGCCCUUCAUUCUCAUACUCAUCAUCCUUCAAGCUACUCUCUUGGCAGUGGAAUCGGCUCCAGAUGUCUUUACAAACCCCCGACCUGCCUCAUGGGGAGUCACAUGGAUUGAUUGGGCCAUACUGGUGCUGUUCAUUAUCUUCACACUCGAGUUAAUUGCUCGCAUAUUGGUAUCCGGUUUCCUCCUGAACGCCUCCGAAUAUAGCACCAUCGAUCGUCAGAAGGGAGUCCGAGCAGCGGUUGUCGAUCAGUACAGGAACUUGUUCCAGCCUCAGCGGCAAAAAUCUGUCAAGGCUCCACGACAGCAAAUCCACCUCGGUCCCUCUGCCUUCCAGCGAUCCUUCACAAUCAUGCAGGGUCAAACGCUUCCACAAACUGUUGAGGAGCAGCAGAGGUUUCAACUUGCUCGACGAGCAUUCUUACGGCACUCGUUCAAUCGGCUUGACUUCCUCGCUGUCGUCGCCUACUGGAUCUCCUUCGCGCUUAGGAUCACUGGCAUCGAAAGUGAGGAGCACGUCUACGUCUUCCGGAUGAUUUCAUGUUUGCGUAUUUUGAGAUUGCUUGCUUUGACGAAUGGCACAGCUAUUAUCCUCCGAAGUCUUAAAAAAGCUGCACCGCUGCUUGUUCGAGUCGCCUUCCUCAUCACAUUCUUCUGGAUAUUGUUUGCCAUCAUUGGAGUGCAAAGCUUCAAGGCGAGUCUGAGCCGGCAAUGCGUCUGGCUGGAUCCAACAGACCCGACCAACAAGGAUAAGUCCUAUACAAAUGACAUGCAGUUCUGUGGAGGAUUCCUCAACAAUAUCACCGGAGAGAGCAUGCCCUGGGUCUUGAUGCAAGACGAUGGUGUCCUGGACAAUUUUAAAAACGGGAGUAAAGCCGGUAAAGGCUUCCUUUGUCCUCGUGGCUCGAUCUGUCUUCAACAAGCCAAUCCGUUCAACGGCACUGUCAGUUUCGACAAUAUUGCCCAAUCACUGGAAAUGGUGUUUGUUAUUAUCAGUUCGAACACCUUCUCCGACAUCAUGUACUACACGACCAACUCCGAUUACCUUCCUGCAGCUCUCUUCUUCGGCGCUGGCAUCAUGAUCCUCAUGUUGUGGCUCGUCAACUUGCUCAUUGCGGUCAUCACUUCCUCCUUCCAGGUUAUCCGAGAGGAAAGCAGGGCGAGUGCAUUCACAGCUCCCGAGGAGCCACCACUUCAGGAGCCCAUGGACGAGCCGCCGCAGAAGGUGCCUGCCCUGCAAAGAAUUUACGAUAAGACCUUUCUUCUUUGGAUCGCAGUCAUUGCUUUUGGUCUCAUGGCUCAGUGCUUCAGGAGUUCCAAGAUGUCCGAUGAACGCGAGCGGUUCAUUGACUCGGCCGAGGUCGCUGUCACUAUCCUGCUAGACGUUGAAAUUAUUAUCCGUUGCGCUGCAGGUUGGCGCUCCUUUCAUAGGAGCAAACGUAACCUGAUCGACAUGGGUCUUGCCGUUGUCACAACCAUCAUUCUGAUCCCGCCAAUCCGGAAUUCUGGAGAAACAUAUGCCUGGCUGACGGUAUUCCAAAUUGUACGAGUUUACCGACUUGUCUUGGCUGUCCCAAUGACCCGGAAACUCAUUGUUAUGGUCCUCGGAAAUUCUAAUGGCAUUGCCAACUUGAUGCUAUUCGUCUUCUUAAUCACCUUUCUGAUGGCCAUCUUGGCGGCUCAGCUCUUCAGAGGCGAGAUACCAAGCCACAACGAUAGCGGUGACCUCAAUGAGGUUUCCUUCUUUACCAUGUACAACUCCUUCCUCGGCAUGUACCAGAUCUUGUCGAGUGAAAACUGGACCUCCAUGCUGUAUAAUGUCACAUCUUACUUGAAUGAGUACGAUACAGGCUGGAUUGGCGCAGUUUUCCUGAUUGGCUGGUUCAUUCUGUCGUUCCUGAUUCUCGUCAAUAUGUUCAUUGCUGUCAUUCAGGAGAAUUUCGACGUUUCCGAGGAUGAGAAGCGCCUCGAGCAGGUCAAAGCCUUUCUCCAGAGAAAAGAAUUGGGGAAAUCUGCUGGCAACCUCACCUUGUCAAAUAUCUUUACAUUCGGCAAGGCUAGACGGAGAAAGGAUCCUCUCGACUACGGCCCUGCCAUGAUGGAAAUGCUUCUCAAAGAUGCCGUAGUGCAUGAGUUUCUCGAUGAUGCCGCAGAAUUGCCGCAGGACACACCCAACGAGGAACAGUCGCCCACUAGGGCUCAAACACACCAUGUUGGCGAGGUCCGGCCUGGUUUCUUAUCGUCAAUGUGGGGGAAGUUCAAGUCCAUAUUCAGCAGCAAGGACCCGAAUCCUUUCUAUUCGAAUCUCCGAUUCGAUGGGCCAAAUGACACUCUUGACCCGCGACAAAUGGCACGGCAAGCAGUUUCCGCCACUUCGGCGCGCAAGAAGGCCCAGCGCGACUAUCUUGCGAGGCACCCGAACUACAACAACUCGCUAUUUGUCUUCACGCCCAACAACCCAAUCAGGCGGUUCUGUCAAAGAAUCGUAGGCCCUGGCCGAGGGAAUGAAAGGUUCGAGGGAGUCGAGCCGAAUAAGUUUGCUUGGUACACUUCCUCAGCUUUCAUCUACGCGUGCAUCGUGGCAAUGGUCGUCAUUGCAUGUGUCACAACACCGCUUUACCAGAAGCAGUACCAAGCAGAGCACCCCGAGUUCAGCAUCACUUUUUGGUAUGUCUGGACGGACUUGGCAUUUGCCACAAUUUUUUUGAUUGAGGCUGUAAUCAAGGUCAUCGCGGACGGCUUUUUCUUCACGCCGAAUGCCUACUAUCGUAGCUCUUGGGGAUUCAUCGACGGCAUAGUGCUCAUCACCUUGCUCAUCAACGUUGGCACACUUCUGGCCAACGACGGCGCCGUCUCCAGAGCUAUUGGUGCGUUCAAGGCUCUUCGUGCUCUGCGCCUACUUAACGUCAGCGACAGUGCCAGGGAUACGUUCCACUCACUCAUCGUAGUUGGUGGAUGGAAGAUUCUUAGUGCCGCAUUCGUGUCCAUUUCCCUGCUUAUCCCCUUUGCCAUUUACGGAUUGAAUAUCUUCAACGGUCAGAUGGUCAAAUGCAAUGACGGAGAUGACUCGAUCGUGCUCAUUUCCGAUUGUUUUGGCGAAUUCAACAACACACCCUUCAAUAACGAUUGGCCCAUGUUGGCGCCUCGAGUUCCCUCCAAUGACUAUUUCAGCUUCGAUGACUUCGCAGCAUCAUUAUUCGUCCUGUUUCAGAUCGUCAGUCAGGAGGGUUGGAUCGACGUCAUGUACGCAGCACAAGCAGUCACAGGGCGCGGUUACCAACCAAAAGAUCUCAACCGUCAGGGCAAUGCGAUGUUCUUUGUUGUCUUCAAUUUGUUGGCCACAGUAUUCGUCCUCACGCUGUUUAUCUCAGUAUUCAUGCGAAACUACACGGAACAGACUGGGGUUGCCUUUUUGACGGCCGAGCAGCGGUCUUGGCUCGAACUGCGGAAACUGUUGCGACAAAUUUCCCCCUCCAAGAGCUCGUACAAUGAGUCAGAGAAAACAUGGAAGAAGUGGUGUCACAAACGCGCCAUAGAGAAAAGGGGCAAAUGGUACACAGCCGUCACCUACGUCCUCAUUUGCCAUCUCCUGCUACUUCUUCUUGAGUAUCACGGCGAACCGCAGUGGUGGACAAACUCCCGGGAUGGUUUGUUUUUGGCAUUCACGCUGGUCUAUAUGGCCAACAUUGCUAUACGGAUUGUUGGUCUCGGCUGGGCCCGGUUCCGAAGGAGCUCAUGGGACUUAUACUCGCUCGUAGUUGUCACGGGUGCGUUCAUCUCUACAUCCGUCCUCAUCAUCAGCAGAAACAGCGAUACCUACGUGCAGCUCCACAAGUUUUUCCUUGUGGCCAUCCUCCUACUUCUCAUUCCCCGAAACGAUGCUCUCGAUCAGCUUUUCAAGACGGCGGCCGCGAGUUUGACAACGAUCGGGAACUUGCUCGCUACCUGGCUUGUGUUCUUCCUGGUCUUCGCCAUUGCUCUGACACAGGCUUUCAGUCUGACGCGCUUUGGUGAGAACGAAGAAGCCAAUAUCAACUUCCGCAGCGUUCCUAACGCCCUGAUCCUUCUAUUCCGGAUGAGUUGUGGUGAAGGCUGGAACCAGGUCAUGGAAGAUUAUGCAACUAUCGAGCCGCCGCUUUGCGUCGACAACGCCGACUUCUUUGACAGUGAUUGCGGCAGCAAACCCUGGGCUCGCUUCCUUUUUGUGGCAUGGAAUAUUCUGAGUAUGUACAUCUUCGUCAACCUCUUCGUUUCUCUCAUAUAUGAGAGCUUCAGUUACGUCUACCAACGGUCCAGCGGAUUGGCUGCAGUGGACCGUGAUGAGAUUCGGCGCUUCAAGGAGGCGUGGCGAAGCGUCGAUCCUGCUGGGACCGGCUUCAUCAGCAAAGACGCCUUCCCCCGACUUUUAGGAGAGCUCUCUGGGGUGUUCGAAAUGCGCAUUUACGAUGCCGACGACUCGGUCAGACAGAUCCUAGAGGAUGUUCGCAACGAUGCCGCAACAUCUGGAGCACGCCACAUGUCUAUCGCUUCCGCGAGCAACUACAGUGCGGGCAUCGACAUCCACCGACUCAAUCAAAGACUGGCCCAAAUUGAUGUUGUCAAGGUCCGCGAGCGCCGCCGUCGGUUCAACAUAUUUUUCGAAGAAGUCAUGGUCUCUGCGGACCCUGACAAGGGCAUUUCAUUCACUUCCGUGCUCAUGAUCCUGGCCCAUUACAAUAUCAUUAAUGACAGCAAGAGCUUGAAGUUGGAAGAAUUCUUGCGAAGGCGUGCUCGACUGCAGAGAGUGGAAGAGGAGGUGCGCCGCAGGGUCGUCCUUGGCUUCUUUGACACCUUGUACUGGACUCGCAAGUUCAAGAAGCACAUUGACAUGAGGAAGUCGGCGAGGAUGACUGCUAUUCCCCAGCUCGAUAUUCCCCAUAUUCUUGUUGACGAUGACGAAUUACGACACAAGUCCUCGCCGGUGGCAGGAACCGGACAAACGAGGUCGGCGUUGCUGACAGUGGAAGAUGCCCACAAAUCGGCGCACAAUAGCUGGUCCGGACCGGGGCCGAUGGACACAUCGUCUGACACCGAUUAUCAACAUCCGCUCAGCUUCCCGAGAUCUGGGCCGACAACGCCGAGCCACCAAUCGACGCAUUCUGCCUUCAGCUUUGAACUGCAAGAAGGCGGUCAAACUUCGGCCCAGAGCAGUCGACGGGGAAGUGCGGUCACACCCCAGAGCCCCGUCAGCCCGGCACAAGUCAGCAACAUGCUGGACGACUCCAUUUGGCUUGAGAGUAUUCGUAGAACUGCAACAGUCCGGAAAUCGGUUCGAAAAUCCGAUUGGGGCAGAUGA